UUGUGUACAUCUAGUUUUCUUCAGCAAGAGCCAACACUUUCACUUCCACUCCUUUCUCGUCCUCAUAAAAAAGCAGCAAUUUUGAUUAGUUUUCAAAGUACAGAAGUAAUUCAGGAUCAUGGGCUGCACUCUCUUUUCUUCUCCACGAUUUCUCUCUUUCCCAAUUAAAGAAGUGGAUGGUUCUCUGAGGAAUUUGAGAAGCUCAUUUUUUGGUGCCCAUAUAAUGUAUAAUAAAAGUCUUCUAAGAAGAAACAUGAAAUGUUGCAGUGGAAGCUUCUCUUUGGUGGCCUCAUUGUUUGGAAAGAGAGUCAAGGGCCGAGAGACCGUAAUACCUGAUCCAGAUUACAGAAUUCCGAUAGUCUUACUUGGUGCUGCUGGCGGGUUAGCUUAUACUGAUAAUUUGCUAGCAGCUGUACCUAUUGGUCUUCUUGGGCUCCUGCUCCUGGUCCAGGCUACUCGAGUGAGAUUUGUCUUUAACAAUGAAGCAUUGGAGGUAAAAAUAGGAGACGAGCUUGUGGACUCUGGUGAAAAUGCUUUUGUGGGUGGAAAGAAUCGUUGGAAAUAUUCAACUUUUGUGAACUGGGAGUUAUGGUGGCCAAGUUUUCCCAUUCUAGUGUACUUCAAAGAAACUCAAACAAAGCCAGAAGGCCAAGUGCACUUCUUCCCAGUAAUAUUUAAUGGAAAGCAACUGUACGAUGUCAUGGUGGAAAGAGCUGGCCCUUCCAAAACGAGUGGACCAAAAGAAUCCUAAAGAACUUACGUUUUUUCAACAAACUUGAUCAGGAAAUCUAUGGGCGUGGUCAUGAUAAGUUGAAUUUUACAUCAAGAUUCUUCUCCAUAUACAGAAUUAAUAGACCAGAUUUUGGGGCCGAUUUAGUAGCAGCCAAACAUUAGAGUGCCACCAUAUAAGAAAAUUGAUAUUACGCGUAUGCAGUAAGAGAUACAUUCAUACUGUGAGAAUUGAAUCUCUUUAUAUGUAAUUACACCAGAUCAAAUGCUAGGCUUAAAUCGUUUUGUAUUCUCAUAACUACAACGGGAGCAUGUAGGGGAAAGGCAAAAACUAAAUCAACAAUCUUGAUUUAUUUAGUUUGGAGCGAUGAUUGAAAUA